AUGGAGUGUCAACGUUAAAUCCAGCAGUUGCAUUGUUGAAAGUUAAUAAUCAAAGUUAUUAUAUUACGACAAUUGUAUAGAGUUUGUCAAGAGAUUUCGUCUAAUCUGCAAUGAUUAAAAGAACACUAUUUUCUUUUAUUACAUAAAAAUGAGUAAUUAGAUCGAAGUACUAAUUUGAUGCCCAAGGCUAACCUCAUUAGCAAUGGGCAACUAUGCGGGUGAUAUUGUUAUUUGUCUAAUAGUGCUGUUUUCACUAUGCUUCUUAUAUGGUACAACACACAUAAUCACGUCAUUUGUUGGAAGUGGAGAAAAUAUACUGAGCUCAAAAACAUAUUACAGUUGGAUUGUUAGGUUUCUUUUAAACUUUCUAGGAUAUUCUACAGUUUUGUUGCCUGGUUAUUUAAUUUAUAAAUAUGUAAGAAUCAGUCAAUAUCUUCAAAGAAGAGGAAAAGGAUGCUUAUCAAAACUAGUACAUUCUUGUUUUGUGGGAAGUGGGGAUCAAGGGCUAUUAGACUCUUCACUACCAUUAAUUGGCCCUUCACGCACAUUUUACCAAGAUACAUUAAUACUUAUUCACUGUUUUCUUGGGCUUCAAGUCAGUUAUUUAACAUGGGGAUAUUUACAAGAAAAAAUUAUGACCCAGGAAUAUGAAGAUAGCAAUGGCAAUAAGGGUCAUUUCAAAGAUUCACAAUUUCUAGUCUUUAUAAAUAGAGUCCUGGCAGUUGUUAUAUCUGCAGUUUGUCUGCUUCUUAUUAGGCAACCAUCACAUACAAUACCAUUAUACAAAUAUGCAUUUUGUUCAUUCUCUAAUGUUUUAAGUAGUUGGUGCCAGUAUGAAGCGCUAAAAUACGUCAGUUUUCCUACUCAAGUACUGGCAAAAGCUUCAAAAAUAAUUCCUGUGAUGAUCAUGGGUAAAAUUGUAUCACGUUCAAAAUAUGAAUAUUAUGAGUAUGUGACAGCUGUUUUAAUAUCUAUAGGAAUGAUGAUGUUUAUGUUUGGAAGUACUGACCAUGAAAAUGAUGGUGCUACUACAUUUUCUGGAAUUGUUCUGUUAGGUGCAUAUAUGACUUUGGAUAGUUUCACAAGCAAUUGGCAAAAUGCUUUAUUUACUGACUAUGGUGUGUCCAGUAUUCAGAUGAUGUGUGCUGUUAAUAUAUUUUCCUGUUUAUUAACAGCAACUUCCCUUUUGCAACAAUCAAGUCUUAUGUAUUCAUUAACUUUCGUGACAACAUAUCCUCAUUUUGUAGUAGAUUGUAUUUUGAUUUCCAUCUUUUCUACUACUGGCCAAUUGUAUAUAUUUUAUACGAUUUCAAAUUUUGGAGCUGUUACAUUUAUCAUAAUGAUGACGGUCCGACAGGGUUUUGCAAUACUUCUAUCAUGCCUAAUAUAUCAUCACUACAUUACACCACUUGGUAUAUUUGGAAUAAUCAUAGUCUUUUUAGCAGUAUUCCUAAGAAUUUACUGCAAUAAUAGAUUGAAAGCUAUUAAAAAACGCAGAGCUGAGGCUAUUGGUAUAAAAAAUAAGCCUUAAGUAUUUUCCAUAAAUAUAUUUAAUUGUUAUUGUAAAUUUUGUACAUACAUCAACAUAAGAGAAACGAUCUCAUACUUAGUAUUCUAAGUGUUUAAUGAUCAAAGAGAAUUAAAUUUUAUAAAGUUAUUGACAAUAUGUGAUGAUUCAGUUGUAACAAGAAAUAUUCACGAUGAUAACAAGAACACUAUAAGUUAAGUACAUAAUAAUAAAUACAUAAAUAAUUACUUAUGUGCAUAUCUUUGGUACGUUGACAGUCGUGGUAUAAAAUUCA